AUGCGGCAUUUGCUUAUGCAUGCAUCUGGUAUUGGAGUCAAUGCUGCAGUAGAACUUGAGUCUUAUACAUUGAAUGAUACUUUCAUACAAAUAAAUUUGGGCGACGUUCUUAAAAAAUAUUUCAAUAGUACAGAUGGCUGGUUACCUAUUCCACCUGGAAACAAAACUUUUUACUCAAAUGCGGGUACUAAUUUAGCAGCAUAUAUUAUUGAACGUUUGGCUGGAAUGCGAUUUGAACACUAUGUUCAGGAAAAAAUAUUGAAACCGUUGGUCGAAGGUGUGGCAGUGGAUGCAAGUGGUACUGUUUAUUCAUCAGGAUUCGAUCGUGUCGUUAAAUGGCCUUCUGUUAUGAAUGGAACCACGCCGCAGGGAAUUGUGAUUGCUGGUGGACACAGUAUAGGCAAUGCAACGACUCAACUCAAUAAUCCACUAGGUAUUCAUGUCGAUCCAUCGGGUGAGGAUGUCUACAUAGCUGAUGCAUGGAAUCACCGCAUUGUACGUGUCGGAUCUGAUGGAAAAAUCACUAUUCUUGCUUUAAAUGACAUUGUCAAUCCAACCGAUAUCACCACGGACAUUUAUGGUAAUUUAUACGUACCCCUUGCUUUUGGACGAGUUCAAAUGUAUACAUUCGAUAAGAGUUCUUGUGCUGCUAGUGGUGAGCUCUUUCUCUCGAUAAAUGACUAA